AGAGCCAGCAGACGCUGCUCAAAGUAAAGAAGAAGAAUUUAACGGUUCCCGGUCGUUGACCCGCCUCGGGGCUGCACGGUGCCGGUGAUCGGUGCGUUUGUUUCGGGGCUGUUCGUACCGGAGCGAGCGGCUGACCUCCAGCCUGGAAGCUAUUUCAGUUACUACACCGCGAGCUAACGCCGCCGCUAUGCUCCUCCAACGGUCGGCUACGUGUUGACAACGCGUCUCGUUAAGGAUAAAACCAACUGCAAACCGAAGACCCAGAGCGAUGGAGGAGGGCUCUGAGGUGAUGGAGGAUAUUGUCUUUCGAGGAGUGGAGUUCUCCGUGAAGAUCGAGGUGGACAAGGGUCUGCUGAUUGUGGAAAUCUCAGACUCUGCGACGGCAGAUCAGUGGAGGGGCGACUUCGAUCCAGCAUACAUCGAGGAUCUCACUCGCAAAACUGGCAACUUCAAGCAGUUUCCCAUUUUCUGUAGUAUGUUGGAGUCGGCUGUUAGAAAGGCGAGUGACUCCGUUGCUCUGGACCUCCUGACCUACGCUGACCUGGAGCUGCUACGUAACAGGAAAGCAGGAGUGGUCAGUCGUCCUCGCGGCCAUCAGCAGUCGUCUGCGCUCACUGCCAAAAGAUAUCUCAUCCUCAUAUACACCGUGGAGUUUGACAGGAUACACUACCCUUUACCUCUGCCCUACGUGGGUAAACCGGACCCGGCCGCCCUGCAGAAGGAAGUGAGAGCUCUGAGAGCUGAGCUCAGCACGGUGACCACUCAUGGAGUUAACAAGUCUGCAGAGCUAGAGAUACAACGGCUACGAACAGAGCUGGCUCUGAUGAAACAAGAGAAGGAAGCCAUGGCUAAGCUUCUGGAGCGGCUGCAGAUCAGCGGAGGUGGUUCCACGCCUGGACGAGACGACUGGAGGGUCAAAGAUGUCGUGAGGACGCUGGAGGAGCAGCUUGUAAAGGAGAGAGCCAAAAGUCAACGCUCGGCGAGCAAGAGGUGCCAGGAGCAGCGACUCCUGAUUGAGCAGUUGGAGGAGCUGAGAGCGUCAGAGUGUGCUCUCCGGGUUCGUGUCAAGAGUCUCACCAAUGAGUUGGCGUUACUACGGCGAGGGUUAGACAAUCUAAGCGUCCGAGUGACUCCCGUGUCCGCUCACGUCAGCUCUCGAGUCGACGGGGAAAUCUAUCGUUCGCUCUCCCGCGAGAGGAGGACGGGGUAUGGCACGGUCAGGGCUCGCUCGGGAUCCAGAGAACGGAUGGAGGAAAGAGGUCAGAGGUCGGAGGAAAGAGGAAGAAGAGCGGACUCCUCGGGAUCGCGUGCUCGCAUUCGCAGGCCGUCACCAUCUCCCACCGGAACAAGGGGGCCUCGCUUUGACCCGACCGCUUACAUCCAGGACAGACAGCGCAGGCAGAAAGAGGCAGAACUCAAAAAACAGAGGAAGGUACGGCGGGACCUGAACUCACCCGUUGUCCUUGAGAGGGGACGUUCACGUUCCAGAGAGGCCUAUCCUCAGAUGGCCCGGACUGGCAGCAGAGGCAGGAGUUUAUCCGUGGAGCGGAGAGGGAGCAGGAACUCCUCAGAGAGCUCGUUAGUGGAUAUGGAGGAAAUGGCCAAAACUCUGUUCAGAGGAAGGAAACAGACUUAUAAUGGACCCAGUGUGUCUAGAGGAGGCCUUUUGACCAGGAAGCCAUUAUGCAGUACUCCGUCACACAGAAUGAAAGACAAAGACAGCUCCGUGGAUACGGGUACUGAGCUGUCGGAGAUCGAUGCCAGGCUGCAGGCGCUUCAGGAAUACAUGAGGGACCUGGAUACAGGACACUAACGACACAACGCUCGUGGAUAUGAUCCCUGACGAGUGCGCGGCUCAGACUGAGGAAGAAAUGAAGCUUCAAACAUGAGCGAUGGGUUUAACUGUGUACGUCAUUGUAAGAGACUAAAACUCCUUCUGGACGGUCAGACCUCCAGGACUUCAGGAAACUACAGCCAUCACUGUGAAGGACAACUUUUUUUUUUUUUUAAACAUGUUUUUAUUAAUUAACUUAAUAUGACUGUCUGAGUGUGGUAGGGUUUUGGUUUUUUGUUUUUUUUACAACAAACAAACUAAACAUGUUUGGCGGCACCUUCGCCUGUGAAGUCAUUUUAUUCUAACAUGUCCGUGGAUGCAAAUGUGUUUGUGAUAAUAGUAAAUGUCAUCCCAGUCAAAGUCUGCAUUUUCAGUCCGUAUGUUCCCUUUCCUGCUCGACCCUGAACUCAACAUAUCACUUAAUUUGCAUUAAAAUGUAAAAGUUUUCUACUGUUUGAGCCUAAAUGGACCCACUUUCCCUUUGAGGUUAAACCCCAAACUUUUGUUACGGGAACGACACUCCUCGUGAAAGAUAAAUCACUUUGGACAGACUGUGGAUGUUGGUAUUUAUGUGUACACUCAUCCAUCCAUCACUUUAUGAUGGUCAACCUGCCAAAUUUUGUAUGAAAUUGCUCUUUGUGUGUGCCCAAAGACUGUUACUCUAUUUUUCCCCUCUGUUUUUUAUACCACCUAAAAAUAUAAUUUAUAAGAAACCUC